AGAUAAAUAUUUUAUAAUGCAAACGCACUCAUAAUUUAUCGCUAUUACAAAAACACUAAAAAACUUGUAUGCUUAUUUUCGAUUUUAUUAAAAUGUAAUUUAUUACUUGAAAUUCAAUUUGCCCAUCAAGAACAUUUGAAGAGUUAAAUAUGUUUCUUCCCGCCCUCUUGGCAGCGUGUGACUAGUAGUGACUGAGUCAGAGCGGGAGUGACAGAGGAAGGAUGAAGGAGUGGGAGGGGUAGAUGUUCAUGUCAAACUAGCUUCGUAAAUAUAAACAAAGCCCCGCAGUUCAAGAAAGUGCCAUUGUUUUGUGCCUAAAGGAAAAAGAGGAAGGGUGGUGAUUUGUUGCUCUGCAACGUGAUUUCUACCAAAGCGUCCAGUCACAGAUGGAUAAAAAAUAAUUCCUUAUCAUCUUCAGACAUGAGUGUGCUGAACAAGAAACUUGAGAAGGAUAUGACAGAAGAAAGCAGUGUAGAUGUUGCAGUAUUGAAACGGAAAGACAAGUUGGAUGUUUUAGUUCUUAGCACAGGACAUCUCACUAGAAAGACAACCUAUACAAAGAAGAAGAGAAACCAAAGAACCCUUGUUAACUUCAAUUUACCAAGACCUCAGAUGCAGUCACUGAAUGGGAAGAGACCAAAUAUUCAGCGAAUGCAGCCAGAUAUAACUACUCCACAACACGAUGAUUUAAUUAAAUACAUAUAUGACUCGUGGAACAAAGUCACGAGAGAACUAGAAAACUUUAGUCAAAAUGGAUCUGAAAAUGGGAAAGGAGGUCCUUGUGUUCUUUAUUAUGCAGAACAAGAUUCAAAUCCUCAGUUGAAAGAUUUUGAACCUUUUGAUCUGGAGGCUUGGUGGGGCCAACGUGUUGUUAAGAAUUACAAGCAUUCACAGUCAACACCAUAGUUAAGCAUGAAUCUUUUAUUAUCAACCAGAAUUUCAUCUGCCAUUGAAUAAAGAACAAAUAAUUUUUCAUUACAUUAUUUAACAAAAAUGGUUAGAUUACACAACUUCUGAAAAACCAUGAUAAAUUUCCCAUGUAAUGUUGCGAGUGUUUACUGGCAAAAGAAAUUCUAAAUUAUUCUGAUUUAUAUGCACUUGUUAAAGAACAAACACUUUUAUUCAUAGUUCUUAAUGAAAGUUGUGAUCUAACAUGUCUCUGAAAAGCUUGUGAACAAGAGUACACAUGAGAAUUAAGUAAGUACUGUUAAGAAUGUUGAGACACAAGGAAAGAAUUUCACAUUCCUAUUUCUUUCAACUAUGACACAGCCCAAUUAUUGGUUGAAUGCUUUUAACCCUUAUGUAUUAUAUCUUAUUUAUUGAAAAUAUGUUAUCAUUUUUCUAUAGUUAAUUGCAUUGUAUUUUUGUUUGUAAACCUGUGUGUAACACUUUCUUUUCGUGUGAGAUUCCAUUACCCGAUAGAACAAACACUCCAUACAAGUGCCUAGUGGUUUCUUUUGAUAAUUUAUUUAUUUGCUUCAAAAGGACUCUUAGGUAUAUGUCGAGUAGUUAUCUCACAUGAAGAGACAGUUAGGUAUUUCUCAUUACUAAGUAAUGCACACACCUUCAACAAGAAACAACAUAGUUUUUUAAGGUGUAUCUAAUUUUGUGGGAAAUACCUAUAGGUAAGAUAAAAUAAGUAAUUAGAACUUCUGACUUUGUUAGUUUUUGUAUAACACAAAAACAAAGCAAUACUGUAUUUUUAAGAGACGUAGACUUGUUUUAUUUGAGUCAGAAUUUCACUUGCAAGACUAAAAAUAAUGACACCAUUUUUAUACCAGAUAUAUUGUAAAAAUGACAUUUUCUUGAUGAUUGUAUUGACUGUAACAGUUGAAACUUAUUGGAUCAUUUUGUAGAACUUAGAUUUGUAAAUGAAAAGCUUCAGUCAGUGAAGUAAAAUUUAUAGUAAAAUCUUCA